CCAUUCAAGUUUUAAUAAGUUUAUUGUUAUUCAGUUUUAAAAGAUCACUUCUUAUGAGAGGCGGUGCGUACGGGUUUUCAUAAACCUAAAAUAAAAACGUUUUAGCUUGUUUUUUAUCGUGUGUGUGUGCGUAAAGUAAACAUUCGCUGUUUGCAAAUUGUUGCGCUUCGAUGCGUGCAAGAAAAACGAAAAAAAAAAAAUAAAUUAGUAUAUAAGUAAAAUUUGAACGCAAUUCGAUAUGAAACGAUCGCUCGUCGUUAUUUGUGAAAAAAAGUAAAUUUUCUUUUUAUAUAAAAAAAAAUCUCAAAUAUCUUCAGUAACAGUACAGCGUAUGCAUAUUCAUUUUGUUUUGUAUGUAUGCGUGCUUGCAAUCACAGUUGUACUAUCGUAAGUUUGGUAUCCUUUACGUAAAUGCAAAUAUAAAAGUGAAAAGCGGUUUAGAGAGUGCAUAGUAAGGGAACUAUUGUUGAAACAAUGGAGUUUUUUUCGUUUGCGCGGGAUGAAUAAGUAUGGUGUUGUUACUGCGUUUGUUAUUGUUGGAUAAUUAACUUGUAAAUAAGCUUCAAAAGCAAAUAAGUUUACAGGUUUGUUGUUAUUUCAAAUUCGCGUAUUGAUAACCUCUCCAUUCUCGCUGCUUGUAAUUGUUUGAUAAUAACAAUAAUUGUGUUUAUAUAAAAAUUGCCAGAAAAUUUCAAAAAGAGAAAUUUAAAUUUAAGCAAAAACGUUCAACUUAUUUUUAAUUUUAUGGCAAAUUCUUAUUGCUGUCCUGACUUUAGUAGAUGCAGUUUGAUGUUAUAUAAUGAGCGCAAUGCACAAUUGAAUAAAGCGUAAACGGUUUCGUUAAAAAGGUACAAAAAACAGAGAAGUUUAUAUAAAAGAUCAUCAACGCUUUUUUAAGUUCUACUUUAAAAAAAUUUCCGUAUAACGGUAAUAUGCAAUACCAACCAGGCUCAUGGUAUCUGCCAUGGGGUGUGCCAUUGCAAAAAAUGUUAACCAUGUCGUUUCCACAAGCGGGAACUCCAAACGUGAAUCCUUACGCACCGCCAAAUAGUCCGGCUAUCACUUGCCAGGUCCUCUCAAACCAACACCAAAAUUCCGCAAAUGUGCAAAACGCCACAAUACAAAUGCAGUCAGCAGCGGCGCAUAGCUACCAGCAUACCACCGUUGGGGCACCAUUUCCCUGCGCCAACACGGGUGUUGCUUUACAUCAUAACGGACAGCCACAAAGCGCAGGUACAUCGCUAACGGCCACUUUGUUAAACAGUCAUGCACAUAGUAUACCGCAUGGAUUGCAAAAUUCGCAUCAGUUAUCGAAUACUCAUCCACAGCAUCCACAUCCAAAUGCCUUAAUAUCAUCUUCGGCAGCUGCAGCGGCUGCCAUGUUUACACCGCUAUCUUUGCGCACUUAUCUGGCUUCUACGGCUGCUGUUGCCAAUCCCCUAACCGCUAUAACUACCGCACCGGCCGGUGGCUUACCUGGCACAUGCACGCAAUUGUUACCACCGCCGUCGCAUCAGCAGCCAAAUCAACCAAACACACCGAGCCCCCAAUUAACUUGUGUGCCGUCAUCUACAUCUCCACAAAACUCAACAACACCGUCUGCAAUUAAUUUGAAUGUUGACGUUGUGGCAAUGCGUCAUCAUGUUAACAAUCUGAAUGUCACAAAUGGUAUUUCAAUACCUUCAAUGUCAGUAAAGAAGUUAAUAUCAACUCCUGCCGUUGUUGAUAAAGAAAAAUUGAAAAUUCAAAACGCCGAAAAACGAAAAGCAGAAGAUUCCGAUCAAUUGAAAGAUUUAAAAAAGGCAAAACUCGAAACAAAAGCAUUGAAAGCUAAAAGGCCCGGUUUUACUGACGAAAGAUAUCAUGAGACUUCGUAUUAUAUUGAAAAUGGUCUACGAAAAGUGUACCCGUAUUACUUCACCUUUACAACAUUCACUAAAGGACGUUGGGUUGGUGAAAAAAUUUUGGACGUGUUUUCACGAGAAUUUCGAGCACAUCCUGCCGAGGAGUACGAGCGCUGCAUAAAAUCGGGCACAUUAACCGUUAAUUAUGAGAAAGUACCGGUUGAUUAUCGUUUGAAGCACAAUGACUUGUUGGCCAAUAUUGUGCACAGACAUGAAGUUCCAGUUACUAGUCAACCAAUCACAAUAGUGCACAUGGACGAUGACAUUGUGGUUGUGAAUAAACCGGCGUCAAUACCAGUUCAUCCAUGCGGAAGAUAUCGUCAUAAUACGGUGGUGUUCAUUUUAGCCAAGGAAUACAAUUUGAAAAAUUUACGAACCAUACACCGUCUAGAUCGUCUAACAUCUGGACUCUUACUAUUCGGCCGCAGUCCAAAGAAAGCUCGCCAGAUGGAACACCAGAUACGUAAUCGCCAAGUACAAAAAGAGUAUAUUUGCCGCGUUGAGGGCAAUUUUCCAGAGGGAGUCAUCGAAUGCACGGAACCAAUCGAAGUUGUUAGCUAUAAAAUUGGUGUUUGCAAGGUGUCGCCAAAGGGAAAAGAUUGUACAACAAAGUUUCAGAAGAUUUCCUAUAACGGACAAACCAGUGUGGUGCUGUGCAAACCUUUAACUGGUCGUAUGCAUCAAAUUCGUGUACACUUGCAGUACUUAGGUUAUCCCGUCGUCAAUGAUCCCUUAUAUAAUCAUGAUGUAUUUGGGCCGCUAAAAGGUCGUGGCGGUGAUAUUGGCGGUAAAACGGAUGAUGAAUUGGUUCGUGAUCUAAUUAACAUCCAUAACGCUGAAAACUGGUUGGGUAUAGAUGGUGAUUCUGAUAUGUCAAUUUUUAAAUCGGUUAAAAGUGAUUGCGAUGCGGAUGCUUUACGUCUUGCCAGUGCACCAAAAGUCAAUAGCUUAAGUGAUAAUGAUUCAGAGACAGCCUCACGUGGGGCAUCACCCGUUUGCACGGACAGCCCACGAAUUGUAGAAUCGUCGCCAAAUGAAAACGUUAACGAUCCGCAAGAGAUGCAUAGCGAUAAUUUAUGCGUCAAUUCCGCGAAUUUAAAUUCUGUUACAUCAAUGGCGGCCAUAGAAAAGGAAGACAUUGUUAAUUGUAACAGUGAUGGCACCAUUAAUGGUAAAAGACAAAGCGCAAAUUUGCACAUUAAGGUUACUGUUGCCACACAAACUGGUCACGAAUCCCCAGACAUGGCAUUUAAUGCUGAGAAAAUGACAACAGAUAAGCAUUGUUAUGAGUGUAAAGUACGCUACCGGGACCCCAAACCAAAGGAUCUCGUUAUGUAUCUGCAUGCUUGGACAUAUAAAGGUCCCGCCUGGGAAUAUGAAACUGAACUGCCAUCUUGGGCUAAAUCCGAUUGGAUUGAAAAUGAUCACGAUUAAAAAUAUC